AUGUCGAAAAGUUUCGAGCAAUCGAACAUCCUUAUAUGUGGCUCACCUCGUGUUGGUAAAAGUACUCUUAUUAAUGCCAUAUGUCGAAAACAACUUUCAAAGUCGUAUUCAAGUUUAGGCUCUAGUACAAAAACUAUUGAUCGAUAUUCAUCUCAAAGCGUAAUUGGCCAGAUUACUCAUGAAACAAAUUUCUGGGACACGCCAGGUAUCGAAUCUUGGAAUGAAAAUGAUGUUCGCGUGUAUAUGGCAUCACUAAUUGAAAAAACGCAUCCGUUAUGUAUGAUCUAUUGUGCAUCACCAGGUUCGUUUGCUAUAUUAGAACAUGUUGCUUGGAUGGUCUCUGAAUGUCAUCGGAACAAUAUUUUCUGUGCACUUGUCUGUACAAAUAUGUGGAUGGGUCGUAAUCGGCAAAAUGUCGUAGAUGAAUUUUGUAAACUUUUGAAUACUCUUUAUCCACAAGUAACGCCGACUAAAGAAGAUGGUAUCAUAUAUUAUGAUCGAAUUGCUCUUGUCACUAUGGUUAAUAGUACAGAGCAUGUCGAUAAAGAUUUUGGUGUUGCAAAGCCACCGUUAGGUGUCGAUGAACUUAUUUUUGGUAUUGCUAAAUGUCUUAAGAGAGAUUUUAUGAUUGCAUGGUUUCGAACAGUAUCUGAAAAUAAAUCGUUUUGGACAACGAUGUCAUCGAAAUUAUCCAAUCUACUGAAAGUACCAUACGAGAAAUUCAAUAAUCUUGUUGAACGUGCUGAUAAUUUUCUCGACUCACUAUUGGGUUUUUCGGACUUCGAUGAUGAAUAUACGACCUUCCCUAUACAAUCUAGAAAUAGCGGCGGACGUAAUGCUAAAUUAUCAUCAAAUCAAAAUUGGAAUGAACCUAUAUUUUACGAUGCAGAAAUAAUUGACAUGCCACCAAGUACUUCAAAAUCAAAAAUACUAUUUUUCACAUUGAAAUCAAAAGAUAUGAUAUUACAAUUCAGCGCUGCCUUGGCACAACUCGGUGCUAGGGAAAUCCGCAACCGUCCAUCUGACGAAACAGAUCCACAUCAAUGUCUCAUUGAAGUUAAAUUCGAAGAUGAAAAUAAUUUGAAAGCAGUACACGAUUUUUGGCAAGUGAUGAAUCAAACGGAAGUUACCUGUAAAAUGGUUGAUAAUUCGUAUGCCAGUUUCAAUGAUGAUGUUUUAUGA